UCCCACAGAGCGAGGCGUUUCCACCCUUCUCUUCCCAAGGGCUGGGAGCCCCGAGUAGAAAGAGAGGGGUGAAGAUCACUUAAGAGACUGGAGUAGGGAGCGUACGGGACGUGUGUACACACCCAGAUCUGGAAGGGGUGGGGGAAAAGAGAGAGGGAGAGAGAAAAAAGAGGGAGCGGGAGUGACUGCUAGAGGCACACGGCUGUGCUUUAGACUGAGAAGUUGUAGCAAGUACUCGCCGCACCACUUAGCUCAUCCUCGGUUGGGGCUGAAGUGCGGUGUCCUGGGGCAGCAAGCAGCGGAAGCUUUAGAGGCCAUGGCGAGAGACGAAGGGGCGAGAAGGAAAGAAACAGCAGCGGGAGAAGAUGGGGAUCAGCGGCCAGAGGAGCCGAGGAGACACAGACAGCAGCGGCGCCGGCGAAGGAGAGAGAGCAAGACCAGGACCGUGCGCUCCAACCUGCUGCCGCCCCCGGGGGGUGGGGAGCCCGAUGUAGCUGCGAAAGGAGCUCCCCAUCGGUGGCAGCGGAGUCAGGGAGGCUCCCAGUACUUAGCCGACAACCGGCUGAAGACAACCAAGUACACGGUGCUGUCCUUCCUGCCCAAGAACCUCUUUGAGCAGUUUCAUCGCCUGGCUAACGUGUACUUCGUCUUGAUUGCCCUGUUUAACUUUGUGCCUGUCCUGAACGCCUUCCAGCCCGAGCUGGCCUUGGCGCCGGUGCUCUUCAUCCUGGCGGUCACCGCCAUCAAAGACCUUUGGGAGGAUUACAGCCGCCACCGCUCGGACCACGAGAUCAACCACAUGGACUGCCUUGUCUACUGCAGGGAUGAAAAGAAAUUCGUGAACCGCUACUGGAAAGAAGUCCGAGUUGGAGAUUUUGUUCAGCUUCGAUGUAACGAGAUCAUACCUGCUGACAUCUUGCUGCUUUCUUCGAGUGACCCUGAUGGUCUCUGUCACAUCGAAACUGCCAACCUGGAUGGAGAAACCAAUCUGAAACAGCGGCAGGUGGUGAGGGAAUUUUUAGAGCUGGAUGCUGAAUUCAGUCCCUUGAAGUUCACCAGUAUAAUCGAAUGUGAGAAGCCAAAUAACGACCUAAGUAGGUUUCGAGGUAACAUUAUACAUGAAAAUGGGAAAAAAGCUGCACUUUAUAAAGAAAAUCUAUUGCUGCGUGGAUGCACUAUUAGGAAUACAGAAGAAGUAACAGGAAUAGUCAUCUAUGCAGGCCAUGAGACUAAAGCUUUGCUAAACAACAGUGGACCACGUUACAAGCGAAGUAAGCUCGAAAGACAAAUGAAUAUGGAUGUCCUUUGGUGUGUCCUCAUACUCAUAGUCAUGUGUCUGUUUUCAGCUAUUGGUCAUGCUCUGUGGGUAUGGCAGUAUGGAGAGAGGAAGAAACCAUUAUUUGAUGUCCCACAAUCAGAUGGCAACGAUUUGUCUCCAGUUCUAGCUGCAGUAUAUUUAUUUUUGACAAUGAUAAUAGUUCUUCAGGUUCUAAUCCCAAUUUCUUUAUAUGUUUCCAUUGAAAUUGUCAAAAUAUGUCAAGUGUUUUUUAUUCACCAAGAUAAAGAGCUAUAUGAUGAAGAAACAGACUCUAAACUACAGUGUCGAGCCCUGAAUAUCACAGAAGAUUUAGGACAGAUACAAUAUAUUUUCUCUGACAAAACUGGCACUCUCACUGAAAACAAGAUGGUUUUCCGAAGAUGUACUGUUUCUGGCAUAGAAUAUUCUCAUGAUGCUAAUGCUCGGCGCAUAGCUAUGUACCAGGAGGCUGACUCUGAGGAGGAUGAGGCGGCUCCCAAGGGAGGGACGCUGUCCCAGCGGGGCAGCAUUGGUAGUCACCAAAGCAUCAAGGUUGUUCACAGAACCCAGAGCACCAAAUCUCACAGACGGACGGGCAGCCGAGCUGAAGCGAAGAGAGCCAGCAUUCUAUCCAAACAUACCGCUUUCAGCAGCCCAAUGGAAAAGGACAUUACCCCUGAUCCAAAACUAUUUGAAAAGGUAAAUGAAUGUGCCAGGUGUCUGGAGAUCAUGAGAAACCAGGAAAAGUCAUUAUCCCAUCUCACCCCGGAACUCGCUGACAUCUUUGACUUUUUCAUAGCCCUAACCAUCUGUAAUACAGUGGUGGUGACAGCCCCCAAUCAGCCAAGACACAAGGUGAGAGUUAGGUUUGAGCUGAAGUCUCCAGUGAAGACCAUAGAAGAUUUCAUCCGAAGAUUCACUCCCAGCCGCCUGACCUCUGGAUCUAACAGUGGGAGCUCAUCAAGCCUCUCCACGAGCAAAUCCACCCACAAAACGGGUACCAGCUUUCUGUCUACACUGUCCAAUGAGAGCACCCUGCUCAAACUCGAAGCUAGACUGACCCGCUCCUCCCCAAAGAUGAACAGCAAUGGUUAUGGUGUGCAGCCAGGAGGCGGCUGGACAACCGAAAAUGGACUCAAGGAGGGCGAACUUCGUUAUGAAGCUGAGAGUCCCGAUGAAGCUGCUCUUGUCUAUGCAGCCCGAGCCUACAACUGCUCUCUAGUUGGCCGGCUGCCCGACCAGGUCUCUGUAGAACUCCCUCACCUGGGGAGGUUAACUUUUGAGCUUUUACACACGCUGGGCUUUGACUCCAUCAGGAAGAGAAUGUCAGUGGUGAUUAGGCAUCCCCUCACGGACGAAAUAAACGUUUACACCAAAGGAGCAGAUUCGGUGAUGAUGGAUCUUCUUCUGCCUUGCUCUUCAGAUGACUCAAGAGGAAAGCACCAAAAAAAAAUUCAAAGUAAAACUCAGAAUUAUCUGAACCUCUAUGCUGUGGAUGGAUUGCGUACCUUAUGUAUUGCCAAGAAGGUUCUAAGUAAAGAAGAAUAUGCCUGCUGGUUACAAAGCCAUUUAGAGGCAGAAUCCUCACUGGAGAACCGGGAUGAGCUGCUGUUCCAGUCCGCAAUCCGUCUGGAGACCAAUCUACACCUAUUGGGUGCAACGGGCAUCGAAGAUCGUUUACAGGACGGUGUCCCAGAAACUAUUGCCAAGCUGCGACAGGCUGGACUGCAGAUAUGGGUUCUCACUGGGGACAAACAAGAAACAGCUGUUAAUAUUGCCUAUGCCUGCAAACUGCUUGACCAUGACGAGGAAAUCAUUACUCUGAAUGCUGAAUCACAGGAAACAUGUGCUGCUUUAUUGGAACAGUGUUUAUUCUAUGUGGAGUCAAAAUUUUCAAAUAGUGAAGUGAAGAAAUCUCUUGGAAAGGUGAACAUUGGGUUCGCCUCUGUCCACCCACCUGCCCCAUCUGCUGCCACAUGCCCCAACCUAGGCCUCGUGAUUGAUGGGAGAACUCUAGCUUAUGCACUGGACAGAACCUUGGAAGACAAAUUUCUUUCCCUAGCUAGGAGAUGCCGUUCAGUCCUCUGCUGUCGAUCCACUCCAUUACAAAAGAGCAUGGUGGUAAAGCUGGUCAGAAACAAACUGAAAGCCAUGACCUUGGCAAUAGGUGAUGGAGCCAAUGAUGUCAGUAUGAUCCAAGUAGCUGAUGUUGGUGUGGGAAUCUCUGGUCAGGAAGGCAUGCAGGCGGUGAUGGCCAGCGACUUUGCAGUCCCCAGAUUCCGACAAUUGGAGAAACUUCUGCUUGUUCAUGGACAUUGGUGCUACUCCCGACUUGCUAAUAUGGUGCUCUAUUUCUUCUACAAAAAUGCGAUGUUUGUAGCCCUUCUCUUUUGGUACCAGUUUUACUGUGGAUUCUCUGGAUCUUCCAUGAUUGAUCAGUGGUUUUUGAUCUUCUUUAAUUUAUUGUUCUCAUCACUUCCUCAACUGAUUACUGGAGUGCUUGAUAAAGAUGUUCCAGCUGAAAUACUGGUUACCGUACCUCAGCUCUACAAAAGUGGACAGAACAUGGAGGAAUAUCAGCCCCAUAUGUUUUGGAUGAACAUGAUUGACGCCGCCUAUCAAAGCCUGGUUUGCUUUUUCAUCCCUUACUUUGCCUAUCGUGACUCUGAUGUCGAUAUAUUUUACUGGGGAACUGUCAUCAUGACGAUAGCUCUCUUCACCAUCAUACUGCAUUUGGGCAUUGAAACCAAAACCUGGACUUGGCUCCACUGGACAGCAUGUGGCUUCAGUAUCCUUUUAUUUUUCAUUGUGGCUUUGGUGUACAAUGCCUCUUGUUCAACGUGUUUUCCUCCAUCCAACCCUUACUGGACUAUGCAGAAGUUAAUGGGUGACCCCAUGUUUUACUUGACUACUGUCAUAUCAUCUGUUGUUGCCUUACUGCCCCGUUUUUUGUAUAGAACAUUCCAAGGGACACUCUUCCCAACCCAGCUUCAGCUGGGGCGCCAGUUGGCCAGGUGGGGCCCAAAGGAAUUGAAUGUUCACAAAGACACCACUUCUCAGCAACCUCCUGCAGGAGAGCAAGGAUUGCAGAGCUCAGCUUCGAAGGGCAGUGAUACCUUUGGACUCCAUCCUCAGGACCACUCUCCACUAGCAUCUCAGUCUGGACAUCAACCAGCUUCUGUAACAGAGUCAAGGAGUGGGCACAGGACAGCAAAUGUGACUGCCCAGUCUUUGAAUAACACUAUGAUGGACAGCUUAAGGGGACACCCUCCGGUGCCCCAGAGACCAGAAGGUGCUGUCCAAGAGGGACCAUCUGGUGAUUCUGAGGGGGAAUCCUCCACCAGAGAAGUAUCUCCUCUGUCCUCUAUUCUAGACCUGCCAGACUUCAGUUUACUAAACUGGAUUUCCUCCACACCAUUGUUUAAUGGGUUUGGAAGAGCAUUUCGGCUCUCUCAGAGUAGUUUACAAACUGACAUGCUGGGCAGCACAUUUUUGUCCCUUGGCUCCCAGCUGGAUCAGGACUUAAAAGGUUCAAAAAGAGAGACCUCAGACUGCUUCCAGGAGAAAGUUAAAGGGCCUGCAGCUGUUUGCCACAACAGUGAAAAUCUUGAAACAACCUUUUUAUAACAUGAACUUUAAUAAUAUUUAUGUUUUCUAUUUGCACAGAAGAGUUAUAGUAAAAAUGUCUUUAAAUGUUUCCAGGACUGAAACAGGAAAUUAGAGGUACCAAAAAAAGGUUUAUUUUUUAAAUUUUAAGUAGAGUAUAUUGAAAAAGAUCAGAGCUUUAAAGUAUAAGAAAAAAGUUGCACUUGAAAAUUACAUUUAAAUCUAUUUUUUCAUCUCAUUUUAUAAGAAAAUGCAGUAUGUUUUAUUUUCUUCAAAAUGCUUUACUUAACAUCCUGUCCAGAAGUAUAAGCAUUGUACCUAGUUCCCAGGGCAUUGGUUUUCAUUGCUAUUUUAUGGCAAGAAUAUAGAUGGCCAUUAAGGAGAGAUCAUUCUAAACAAUCAAAAAGCAAAUACCACCGUGUGUGUUGCUCAUCUCUUCACAAAAAGAGGGGUAAGAUAGAGUUUCAGGAAAAUGAAAAGCAUGAACACUCAUUCCAUCCUCUGAUGUCAUUCAGGUAGCUUAUAAAUAUCACAUUAUGAGUAUUUCAUCCCCUAUGUAGUAUUUCACCUGUUAAAAACCAUAACAAACAAUAAAUAAUGUUCAUAUUGCAAAGAAA